GCCGGAGCCGAGCGCAUCCUCCAGUGACGCAGCCAUGGCUUCGGGAGGCUCACCUGUAUGGGCGCUGGUGGCGCUGCUUUCGUUGCUGCCCCUGGUGGCGCGGGGGGAGCGGGCGGUCGGGGCCCUGGAGGAGGUGCCCGUCUCCAACCCGGGGGUUCAGGAGGCCGCCCGCUUCGCCCUCGAAGCCUACAACAGGGCCAGCAACAGCAUGUUUUGUUACAAGCCCGUCCGGGUCCUGGAGGCGGAGACGCAGGUGGUGUCAGGAAUGCAAUACUAUCUGACGGUAGAGAUCGUGAACACGCGGUGCGAAAAGAAGGUUGGCUGUGGAUUGAAGAACGUGGGCUCGGAGAACUGCGCAGUGCCCUCCGAAGCAGAACAGAAGCAAAUCUGUGAAUUCGUGGUAUGGUCCCGUCCGUGGAUGCAAGACACAAGGCUGUCCUCCAUCAGCUGCACGCCCUCGAGUUCCUGAAUGUCACAGAAGCUGAAAUGGAACCACGGCUCGGAAGCAUGGCUCACUAUUUCUGUUAUUUUACUUUUCCGACUUGUAAAAAUCAUUCGUCUUGAUCAUUCUUUCUUCUGUGAUUUGGUUUACUGGUCUUAAUAAAGGUAUUUUCUUGACAGCUUGAAAAAUGUA